AUGAGCGGAGACACAACGAUGAUCGACGGGGCCAGGCCCAAGACAGCCAAGGAGAUCAACAAGCCUGAGUUGUGGAUGAACAGGUCACUUGAGACCCACGACAUCGAAGGAUGUUGUACUGGAACUGGUGGGGAUAUCUGCACUUUCCACCGGUCUACCAAUGUUGCGCAGAAUAUGGGCACGCUGACAACAGCAAGCUCAAGGUCUACCAACCCCCUGAGGCCGCACUAUCCCAUGCCAAGCUCCCAUGGUGGGCUGGACAGGAGCAGCAAGUUUGAAGAGCUCGGCAAGAAGUGCGAGAGGCGAACAAAACUGCUGGCGACCUUGGCGGCAGAAGCCGAUGAUAAGGGAAGGAGGAAGCAACGGCCUCCAAUCGCUCGUCACUUCCAAGAUGUGAAGAUCGUGGACGACAGGCAUGCAAAGAAACGGAUGAUAAUGAGAACAAGGGACUGGCUUGAUAGUUCUGGACUUGAUCCCUUGGAGCUCAGCGGAGGUUUGAGGCUUUAUGGUGUCAGACCCACACGGUACAAAGUGUCUCAAGGUUUCGACUUUGUCCCCUCAAUUCUUGAAGUUGGCCGGAGAAAGAAUUUAGCUUUCGGUCCCAGCAUCAGCCGCUAUGUACGCUGUUUCACUAUCGUGGUAGAUGAUUCAAGGGCCGAGGAGCGCAGCAUCGAGUACAUCGGAGAAGUUGAAUACUCCAAGGCAGGCUUAAGCGGAACAUCACUGCCGCAUGCAUACUCGCGAACAAGAGCGAAGCUGAGCGAGGCAUUGGAGCGCAGACAGGAGGAGAUUAAGCGAGAGGCACAAAGGCCCAAGACAGCCUCGACUCUCGAGAGCAGCGGGGAGAGGGCCGAGCCCUCGACAUGCCUUGAGUUGGAACCCGCGGCUGAGAUGAUGGAGGAUAAUCAGCAGGACGAGGUCAAGUCUGCAGACUGGGCGCACAAGCAGGAGGAAGCAUUAGAUAAGACUUUCCUGCCGCCAAGGCCUCAAAGUCGCGCCCUACUUCAGCACGUCGCAUGGGAGCCGUCGGAAUCGACAAUCGUUGCCGACAAACUCUCGAGGCCUGCCUCCUGUGAGCCGUCGCUGCGCAGCAGCAUUGCACCGCGAAAGCAGCAGGGCAUGAAGACAGGGGAGCAGCUGGAUGCCUCGUACAGCACCUCCCGCACUUUGAGCAAGAACGACCAGUGGAAGACUGAGCCGCACCUAGCAGGGAUACGUGAGCAUCGUCGUCCUGUGAUGUCUUACCUGGCAUCUUCGACUCGUCAGCAGCACUGGAAGGCAGCUGUGGCAAGGCACGCAGCUGCCAGCGUCGAGGAUUUUGCACAGAGGACCAUCAUCCAGGACGUGCGAGCGCUGAGCUGA